AGAAACAGCAAGUCCGCUGUUCAACCCUGCCUGAACUUUACCAGUAAACAGCUCGCUGACAGAGCCGGCAUCCCCGCUGGGUGGAUCCUGCAACUCCUAGAGGGAAUGGCACUUCUUGUUUUUAAUUAGCAAGGUGAAAGGUGAAUUCAAACUAGCUGUUUGGCAAGUCGGUGCAAGAGGCUGACUUCUGAGAGGCUUCAACGAGCCAGAAGAGAAGAGCUCCACGGGGGAAGGCAGUGCUUGUGUUCGGGGUUGGGUUUUUUUGUUUUGUUUUGGUUUUUUUUUUUUUUUUCCUCUGAAUGAACCGCUUGCAGAAGUGACUGAAAAAAAUAUAUAUAUACAGUUUCUUCCUUCCACCGGUAGAGUUACUGAAGAGAGCUUUAGGCAGGACAUGGCUGUGAAGACUCCCUCCUUGGAAUGUCCUCUUGCUCCCGGCUUAUAAACAACUGUCCUGUGGAAAGGCAGGUUUUACAUAUCCAAAUACAGCCUGACAAAUGGCACUUUGGAACUGGGCUUUCUGAUGACAAGGCGUUCGAUUUCUGACAAAGCCUCUCGCACGCUGCCCCUGGAGGGGAGUCCUAAGUAGAACUCACCCCGCUGAAAAGUGAGGACUGAGCGGCAGGCAGCAUGGCAUCGGCGGGGUACUUGAUCACCUGGCUCCUCUGGGGCUACUUGCUGGAGCUCUGGAUGGGAGGUCACGGCGCUGACACCUCACACCCCCGCUUACGCCUGUCACAUAAAGAGCUCUUGGAUCUAAACAGAACAUCAGUCUUUCACAGCCCUUUUGGAUUUCUUGAUCUCCAUACAAUGUUGCUGGAUGAGUAUCAAGAGAGACUGUUCGUGGGAGGCAAGGAUCUUGUGUAUUCCCUCAGUUUGGAACACCUCAGCAGUGGCUACAGAGAGAUACACUGGCCUAGUACGGCACUAAAAACAGAAGAAUGCAUAAUGAAAGGAAAAGAUGCCAGUGAGUGUGCAAAUUAUGUUCGGGUUUUACAUCACUAUAACAGGACACAUCUUCUGACCUGUGGUACUGGAGCUUUUGACCCACUCUGUGCCUUCAUCAGAGUUGGGUACCAUUUGGAGGAUCCCCUUUUUCACCUGGAAUCACACAGAUAUGAGAGAGGAAGGGGCAGAUGUCCUUUUGACCCCAGCUCUUCUUUCAUCUCCACUUUAAUUGGUAGUGAAUUGUUUGCUGGGCUCUACAGUGACUACUGGGGCAGAGAUGCUGCCAUCUUCAGGAGCCUGGGGCGACUGGCUCAUAUCCGCACUGAGCAUGAUGAUGAGCGCCUGUUGAAAGAACCAAAAUUUGUAGGUUCAUAUAUGAUCCCUGACAACGAAGACCGAGAUGACAACAAGGUGUAUUUCUUUUUUACUGAGAAGGCCCUGGAGGCAGAAAACAAUGUCCAUGCAAUUUACAGCCGAGUGGGGCGAAUCUGUGUGAAUGACGUAGGAGGACAGAGAAUUCUGGUGAAUAAGUGGAGCACUUUCCUGAAAGCUAGACUGGUUUGCUCAGUACCAGGAAUGAAUGGAAUUGAUACAUACUUUGAUGAAUUAGAGGAUAUAUUUUUGCUGCACACCAGAGAUCAUAAGAACCCAGUGAUAUUUGGACUCUUUAACACUACCAGUAAUAUAUUUAGAGGGCAUGCUAUAUGUGUCUAUCACAUGGCCGGCAUCCGGGCAGCCUUUAACGGACCAUAUGCACAUAAGGAAGGACCUGAAUACCACUGGUCACUCUAUGAAGGGAAAGUCCCUUAUCCAAGGCCUGGUUCUUGUGCCAGCAAAGUGAAUGGAGGGAGGUACGGAACCACCAAAGACUAUCCCGAUGACGCUAUUCGAUUUGCAAGAAGCCAUCCUCUUAUGUACCAGCCCAUAAAACCUGCCCAUAAAAAACCAAUACUGGUAAAAACAGAUGGAAAAUAUAACCUGAAACAAAUAGCAGUGGAUCGAGUGGAAGCUGAGGAUGGCCAGUAUGAUGUCUUGUUUAUCGGGACAGAUAAUGGAAUUGUGCUGAAAGUGAUCACGAUUUACAACCAAGAAACAGAGUCAAUGGAAGAAGUGAUUCUAGAAGAACUUCAGAUAUUCAAGGAUCCAGUUCCUAUUGUUUCUAUGGAAAUUUCAUCAAAGAGACAACAGCUCUAUGUUGGAUCUGCUUCUGCCGUGGCCCAAGUCAGAUUCCAUCAGUGUGACAUGUAUGGAAGUGCUUGUGCUGACUGCUGCCUGGCUCGAGACCCUUACUGUGCCUGGGAUGGUAUAUCCUGCUCCCGGUAUUACCCAACAGGCACGCAUGCAAAACGGCGGUUCCGCAGACAAGAUGUUCGGCAUGGAAAUGCAGCUCAGCAGUGCUUUGGACAGCAGUUUGUCGGGGAUGCUCUGGAUAAGACGGAAGAGCGAUUGGCCUAUGGCAUAGAGAACAAUAGUACUUUGCUGGAAUGUACCCCACGAUCUUUACAAGCAAAAGUUAUCUGGUUUGUACAGAAAGGACGUGACACAAGAAGAGAGGAGGUGAAGACAGAUGACAGAGUGGUUAAGAUGGACCUUGGUUUACUCUUCCUGCGGAUAAGCAAAAUGGAUGCCGGGACCUAUUUUUGCCAGACGGUAGAGCAUAGUUUUGUCCAUACGAUCCGUAAAAUCACCCUGGAGGUGGUGGAGGAGGAACGAGUAGAAGAGAUGUUCAACAAAGAAUAUGAAGAGGACGGAACUCACAAGCUGCCUUGUCCCGCCCGGAGCAGCGUUCCCCGGGGAACCAAGCCAUGGUACAAGGAAUUCUUGCAGCUUAUCGGUUAUAGCAAUUUCCAGAGAGUGGAAGAAUACUGUGAAAAGGUAUGGUGCACGGAUAAGAAGAGAAAAAAGCUGAAAAUGUCCCCUUCCAAGUGGAAGUAUGCCAACCCACAGGAAAAGAAGCUCCGUCCCAAAGCCGAGCACUAUCGCCUGCCCAGGCAUGCGCUAGACUCCUGAUGGGGCCAAACCAUCUACUGGCUUCUGAAGAGUUUAUAUUUAGAACCUUAAAGAGAGAGAGAGAGAGAGAGAGAGAAACCACCCACCCUCUUUGCAUUACUUAAAAGAGAUUUCUGUAAUACAGAAAUGACUAUAAUGGCAUUAUGAUAAAUUAUUCUACAUAAUUCAUUUGACUGGUUAAACCUCACAGAAAAUUAAUUUUUUUUAAAAAAAAUAAGUGUAUUACUCAAUGAUUUCACAUUAUAUUUAUCAAUAAGUGACCAUAGCUGUAGUUUUGAGUCCUUGGCUGCUGUUCCUUGGCAAGUAUUAUUUUACCCUUGGAAAAUUUAAGAUUAUAGCAAUAUUGAUGAGAAAUUGGAAUCUUUCAUAAUCAUGGAAAAACACAUGGUGAUUAUGGCUUAAUCUUUUUAAAUCUUGGCUUUCCACCACGGUGUACAAUAUGUAGAAUAUGAGAUACUCUAACACUCUCCUGUGAACGUCUGUACCUUUUAAGAAUUAUCGUAUUGGUGUUGUCUAAGCCACAAGUUUUACAAAGCAGGUGUGUUGUAAUUAUUGUAAACCAUGAAAGAGAAAUUGUGGUUACUUUGAGGCUUGUCCUUUUCUUAAAACAUUCAUUAAGCCAUGAUCACAGUAGUUCUGUUUCAUGAUAAAAACGCAGGUUUUUCAGUUUCACUCCAGUGCAGAGAGAAUGAAGUUAACUUCGCAGAAAAAGAGCAGAGGGAUGUCCAAACAGAUGGAGUGACAGAACUCUAACUGAAAACAUUUUUGCUGCCCUCUUGUGGUAGAAAAGGUAAAUUCUCAUAUCUUUUUUAAAUUCUAAAGAUUGUCCAAUGAAGAUUUGAAAGCAGUUUCUCAGUAAAUAUAUCGUGAUCAUUUUCAGAAAAAAAAAUUAAUUGAAGUAAAAAUGUGCUAAUGCUUAUGUCAUGUUUUAAGGUGCAGAUAAUAUGUUUAUGAAUAUUUAUAACCUCACAAGCCAAAAACGAGAUGCAAUAGCACUAAAGCUCUAUUAAAAAUUAAAUGUUAUGCCUUCUAAAUAAUAUUCCCUGGGAUCAAAAAAAAGACUUUUCAGAAAGAUAUUUUAUUAUUUAAAAAAUUAAAUCAUUUUGCCUUUUGAUAUCAAAUUUUCCUAUUUUAUAUUAACAAAUAAGAAAAUUGGUUCAUGAGGUUCACUUAACUAUGAAGCAUUUGGAGCAUGAUUACUUUUCUCAUAAAUAUUAUCAGUUUUUAUUUUUGAGAAUGCUUAUUUCCUGAAGUCUUUCCUUCUAUUUUAUUUAGCUGUAACUAUCUAAAAUAUGAGAUUGAGAAUUUUUAUUUAAAUAAAGACUAAGUGCAAGUGAAUUACACAUGAAAACAAUACAAUUAUGAAUAUUUAAAUGUUAAAUUUGGAUAAUAUUCAUUUCAUUUUUAAAAUUGGCUUAUAGGCAUACAAUUACAAAAGUUAAAGUGUUGAUAACAUGAUGGUUUGUAGUUUCAUUCAAAAAUUAACAAAUUUGAGAAGGUUUGGAAAGUUUGUUCCAUAAGCUGCCAGGUUCUGAAAGUUCUAAAGAUACAAAUAUGUUGGAAAUUAACAAUUUCUGAAAAAAAUGCAGUUGCUGUUUACCUAAAAAUCCACUGGAGGUCAUUGCUGCCCACCAAUAUUAACUGAAAAUAGCAUGUAUUUCAGUAAAAGCCUGCCUGGUGUGGGGAAAUAAAACUAUAACCCCAAAUCACAGGGUCCUUAGCAAAGUUGAUGUCUGAAAUAGAUUUGGAGAUGUGUUAACUAGGAAGAUUACAAUUUAACUGGAUCUUACUUUACGAUUUGUGAGGUCUCUUCCACGUCUAACAUUCUACAUUACUGAUUUUUUCUUUUGUGUUUUUCACUGAAUAUUUCAGUGCAAUGCUGUCAGCUUAGAAAAACAGGGAUUAAAAAUAGAAGUGAACGUUAAUGAGAGCUCCAGAAAAAAGGAGAACAGGAAGUCUUUGCCUGCUUACUAAGUGGCAAUUCCAUACAUAUUUUAGAGUUUUUUCCUUCCUAAAUUAGUUCAAUACUUAGGAUGUUUUUAUCGAGUGUUAAAUAUUUGCUAUAGGGUGUAGGGCUUUGUAAAUUUUCAUAGUGAUUAUGAACAUUGUAAAAUUUGUAAAAUACAGUAAGUUGUUUUGAGUGUUGGUGUUGAAGCAUGAAACAAACGCAGCAGUUGUUAUCCUUAAAAUGGAUUAUCUUCAGCCUGACAAAUAAAUUUAAGACAUUACCUAGCAUUGUAUAGUUGUUGAGGUCCCAGGAGAAAGUACCACAGUCGUGAUGACAAUAAGGAGUCAAUGUUCUUUUUCUUAGAGCAGAAUAUCACACUGCGUUACUUCUUCAAAAGCAGUGCUUAUUUUUCACGCCAGCUGUUACAUUUAAAUCAGAUAUAAAUAAGAGAUUUUCCAUGAACACUUUUGAUCAUAGUGUGUUAUUUAAGCUGGUAUGUUUAUUUUAUUUUUCUUGGGAAAAUAGCAUUAUAUUUUGGCUUUCAUUAAAAAUUGAAUGUGUUUUGUUUGUGUUUAAAUGGCUUAGUUAUAAGCUGGAGGGCUAUACUGAGGUAUUUUUGUCUGUAUGGCUUCUCUGCUAUUUGCUUGCCUGCAUCCAUAACAGCAUGUGUCAUAUUUUUUCUUCUCACUAAUAAGCCAUGAGACAUUAUCAUCUGGUAGCAAGCUGCAAAGACCAUUGACACAUGUCUCUUCGACUGUCAACAUGGAUCUGCCACUAUACAUUGCAUAAUUUGUACCAUUAUGUAUAAUUUUUAUUUAGUUCAACUUAAAUGAUAAAGAAAUAAAU